UACACCUCUGCCUCCUGACCACCAUAAUUCUACUGCUUAUGUGAAAUGUUCAGGAAAUAUUGAGAUGAGCUUGAUGAACAGCUGCUGGGGAAAAGUCAGGAUUCAUGUAGAAGAGAAAGAAGGAGAUAUGUGUGCAGACACCUGGACAGAAGACAAGUCUGUGAAGCUGUGUGAAAAGCUGAACUGUGGGACGCCCAUAAAAGCCCACAACAGUCCCAAAGAUGGUGAUAUCCUCUUUAAGAGUUUACACCCGACAAAUCAGACUACUGACCUGACACAGAGCAUCUUUGUCAAAAACCAGGACAAUGAUAAGUCCUGUAAAGAAAAACCAGCCUAUGUUGUUUGCUCAGGUAGUGUCAAGCCCAGAUUUAGCAUUCCCAGUUACAAAUGCUUUGGAAACGUAGAGGUGGAGUAUGAGGGGAAGUGGAUCCCUGUGUGCGAGGAUGCUCUCAAAGACACUAACAAUAGAAACACCAUCUGUCAGGAGCUUAAAUGUGGUGAUGCUGUGGAGACUCUUCCCUACUUUGGACCUGCACCAGCAGAUAAAUUAGCCAUUUCAAACCUAAACUGCAUUGCAAUGCUAACAGUCCAUUAUCUGCAUGCAGCAGUAUUACUGCUUCUACAGCUGCUGCAAACACAGUGGCCUCCGAUGCUCUGGUGUGUAUAA